CGGGGGACCUGAGAAUGGGCAUGUUGGCUUACACUGAAAUGCUGCUACACGGAGAUCACUCCUGGAGAAUCAGCACAAGCUCCCCUGCAGAGCCGUGAAAUAACAAAGAUAUACCGGAAGAAGUGCCAUACAAGACACAUUCCAUGGCGAUUGAUAAGAACAGAGAUUUUCAUCUUUCUCUGAAAUAUCAUGAAGAAAAAGUGGCGCAGGAGUUGAAGCAGCGCUUGGGGAAGAAAAGAGACGCUUGCAUCAUGCUCCAUCAGAACCUCAAGUGCCUCCUCACCAGAGGUGUCACUUAUAGACACCACGAACAGUUGCCUCAGUGGCCCCAGCUCAUGGAUCGCCUUGCAUGCAGGCUCAGGCGAGAAAACUGUGAAUAUGAAGAGAAAAGAGAGGAAAACUCAUUGGGAUCGUUGGCCUCAAGGAAGAAUAGAGAUGCCACCCUGAAGGUCAGUGGAAAUCAAAAGAACCUCCUGUCCCGGGACACUGAAACACCCAAGAGACAGGGCCAUGGAGAAUCACAGGCGAAGGAGUACAAGCCAGCAGAGCGCCUCCUACAUGACCUCCUGUCAGGACAUAAUGAAUACCAGCCAGAAGACCAAAUAAUGCAUGAUGUAUGUUCCAUAGCGAAUGAGGAGGGCAGUAGGAAUUUACAACCUGCUCUUCAUAGUCAGGGGCAAGCCCUGGCCCUGAAAUUAAAGCAUCGAUUUCAAAGAAGUAGAGAUGAAUGCAUCUUUGGACGUCAGCGUCUCAAGUGCCUUCUUGCCAUACCAGUCCCCGACACACAGCGGGAGCAACUAGCCCAGUGGUGCCAGUGGGCUGCCCACCUUGCCUGCAGGCUCGAUAAGGCUCGGCCUCACCAAGAUACUCAGCACCUGUGAGGCUGCACCACUCAGGCCAAGGGAAACCGUGAACUUGAAGAAAUUUGUGAAGAAUUUGGAAAAUAUUUAUGAUGCCAGGAAGCCAUGAUCUCUGGAUUUUACCAUUUCAUUCACCCACCCAGUCCCAUG